AAAAGCCGUUUCCGGGUCCGUUUCCAUGUACGUGCUCGACGACCAAGAGGUCGAGGAGGCCGAGAAGGAGCGACUGCGCAAGAAGCUCCAGGCCAAGAAGCAGCUCAGCCCCGAAGAUGAAGCCAUUCGCCAGCAGCACGCGCUCGUCACGGCCAAAAACAAAUACUGGGCACCGAUCCUUCUUUUAUACCCACUCGGCCCUGUCUGCGUCGCCUUCACGACCGUUGUCUUUGGCGGCGUCAUCACCAACGCCGCAUCCACGACCUGCAAUGCGUACCUCGACACCUUCCUCCGCGGCGCGGUUGGGCUCAGCUACAUUCUGAUUCUCUUUUACGCCUACUGCUGGAUUGGCCCGCGCCCGAUUCGGCGGCUGCGGGUGCUCAAGGUCUUUUACAGCAUCUACGGCGUUCUCUGUGUGGGCUGGUGGGGCUUCUUCGGGACACUUCAAGCCGUGACCGCGACCGCGACCGGCUUUCAAUCGUGCUUGAGUCAGUCGCCGAUGCUGUACCUCUUCUCGCAGUACCAAGUCGCCGUGUUCUGGAUCCUCUUCGGCUUCUUUCUCUGCUUUGCCGGCAAGGAAAUGCACGCGUACUACAAGACGACCGACGACGGACGCAAGGCGGCCGCCGCGGCCAAAGACGCAAAAGAAGCAGCGGCGGCAGAAAAAGCCGCGCGGAUUCAAGCCGAGAAGGACGCGGCCGAGGCGCGCGAGAAGGAAGCCCAAGCAGCCAUCCAGCAAACCAAGGAGGAGCGGGACCGCCUGUACGCGGGCGCCGACGACGAAGCGGAGGACGAUGCUGCGACGGCCGAUGGCCACGACCACGGUGGAGACGCACACGAAGAAGAUGAAGAAGAAGAGGAAGAGGAGGAGGAGGAGGAGGAGGAAGGCGAAGAAGGGGACGACGACCGAGCCAACAAUGCCUCGCAGGAGGAUGCGGACCGGCCCGAGACGGCACCUGCUGUAGACAAGGCCCUCGUGUGAGAUUGUAAAAUAUACACAUAUAUUGUCUGUGUGCGC